AUGUCUACAGCGCCAGGGCUUUCAUUUGCCAACCUAACCUUACUUCUGGACGUCCCACAACUUCCAGCAAUCUUCGCUUCUAACUGCUUUCACAACUAUCGCACUCUUUCCAGAGAAUUUAAGUUCGUAACUAGCGGAAACGAUGACUUGGUGUACCCGUUCAAUAGAUGUAGGUUCCAUUCUGAUAAAAAUUUUCAGUGA